AUGGCCAUAAGACCCACGAUAAAAGUUAAAUUAAAAUUGCCCGAAAAGCAUUUUUUGCUUCCCAAUUUUGAAAUCCCACCGCAACCGCUCUCUCUCUCUCUCUCUCUCUCUUUCUCUCUCAUAUCGCGAAGCGUCGCUCUUCUUAGGGUUCUACGAGGGCGGCGUACCGUCGAAACGGUCAUGGCGGAGAGGAUUUCUGCCGGCCUGAAGCUCGCCGAUUCGCAGAAGGAGGGUCUUUCCGAAGCGUUUAAACAGUCGAUUCAGUUGAUCAAUCGACAGCAGAGUGACCUGGAAGCCCAUUUCGAUUCAAUCCAGAAGUUCAUCGAGGAGCGCUGCGAAGAACUCGAUUCGAAAGAGAAGCAAUUGGGUUCGGCCGAAUUGUUGCUCGAACAACGCUCGAAGGAGCUCGAAUCGAGGGAGAAAGGGUUUGAUGUGGCGCGAUUGGAGUAUGAGAAGAAAUCGACGGAGCUCCUUGAUUUGCAGGAGAGCGUGAAUGGUUGGUUGUUGGAAGUCGAGUCCAGAGAGAAGGAACUGGAGUCGUUGCAGCAAACGGUUGAACGGCGUUUGGCAGAGCUCCAAUCGAAGGAGAAGCUGUUCGAACUACGCUGCAAAGAGGUAGAAUCGAGAGAAAAACGUUGUGAAGAACUCGCGAAACAGCUCGAGUUGAGAGAGGCUGGCUCGGGCAAGGUUCACACGAUGACGAAGGUGAAGGUCGAGCAAGAAGAGGUUUGGGCGAGCAACGAUGGAAGUAAUUCCGUGGCUGCAAGUCUGCAGUUCUCGGUCACUAUGGAUGGAAGAUGUUUGCAGAUUUUCCUCAAUGAACACGUUGAUGACCAUGAUUCAAUGCGCGAUGAGGUUUUUCUAGCCCUGCGAAUGUCAGCCGACCCUGGAAAGCUUGUAUUGGAUGCCUUAGAAGGUUUCUACCCACCGCAUUUGAAGAAGGGUGACAAGGAGUUUCAAACUAGAGUUGUUCAAAGGAGUUGCACACUUUUGUUAGCACAACUGAUGAGAAUCUCACCAGAGAUUAGGCGUUGUGUCAAAGAGGAAGCUGCAAAAGUUGCUGUUGAUUGGAAGGCAAGGCUGGCAGCAAAAUUUGCAGUUGAUAGGAAAAUAGAACUGGAAGUGCAGGAUGAAAACUCUUUGGAGGUCUUAGGUUUUUUGCAGCUUGUAGGGAUUUAUGGAUUGGUAACUGGUUUUGAUUCUGACGAGGUUCUGAAACUUCUUGAGACAAUUGCUUGGCACCAAGAGGCUCCUGAAUUGUUUGGAGUCCUUGGCUUCGUGGACACGGUCCCUGGUGUUGUUCAAGGCCUUAUUGGAAGGAGGCAGAACCCUGCAGCUAUUAGAUUAAUACAUGCAUUUAAACUGGUUCGUGAGUUCCCACCAGGUCCCAUCUUGGAAGAUUACUUCAAGUAUUGGAAGAAGAUUUCUGAUGAAAUUUUCGAGAGCAAGAACUUUACUGGAGAGCAGAUUAGGAUUGGCAUUGAUGCUCUGAGGGCUGUGAUCAAAUGCAUUGAAGAUCACAAGCUUGGGACAAAAAUUGUGCCCAUGGAGGUUGAGAAGCACAUUCUUUUGCUGACUGAGAAGGCAGAAAGUAAAUGUGCUACACCAUCUGAAACCAACCCUCAACCACAGCAGCAGAGUGGGAAGAAAUUUUCGGCUCCUAUUGUGUCUGCCCACGAGGAUCAAGAUCAACGGCAGCAGAGUGGGAAGAAAUGUUCGGCUCUUAUUGUGUCUGCCCACAAGGAUCAAGAUCAACGGCAGCAGAGUGGGAAGAACUGUUCGGCUGCUAUUGUGUCUGCCCACAAGGAUCAAGAUCAACGGCAGCAGAGUGGGAAGAAAUAUUCGGCUUCUAAUGUGUCUGCCCACAAGGAUCAAGAUCAACCGCAGAGUAGAUCACGCAAGAAGAGAAAGAAGAAACGUCGUGGUGCUUCUACCGUGUCUUCUCCUGUGAUUCAACAUCAACUACAGAGCGGACAACAGAAGAGCGGGAAGAAAAAUGGUGUUCCUACUGUGUCUGGCCCCGUGAUUCAACAUCAACAGCAGAGUGGAUCACAACAGAAGGGCGAGAAGAAACAUGGUAUUCCUGUGUCUGCCCCCGUGAUUCAACAUCAACAGCAGAGUGGACCACAGAAGAAGAGUGAGAAGAAACAGGGUGCUCCUACUGGGUCUGCCACCAUGACACAACAGCAGGAGCAGAGUCGACCCCAACAGAAGAACGAGAAGAAACGCGAUGCUCCUAUUGUGUCUGGUCCCAAGGUUCAACAGCAGCAGAGGCUCCAGCAGAGGAGCGAAAAGAAAUCUGGCGCUUUUACCAUGUCUACCGCUGAGCAGAGUGUAAAUAAGCGACGUCGUACAGUUGUGUCAGCAGAUGCUCCAAAUGCUUCUAUUGGUUCUGCCGUUCGCUCAAUUCCUUCGCCUCAUCCAUAUUCGACAAGCGGGUUCGCUGGUCAAGGUGCACCAUACUUCGUCCCGCCACUGCCAGGGCCCUAUGAGCUUGCUGGCUUCGUUGACCCGCAUAUAAUCCCUUACCCGGAAAGGUCACUCCCUUAUAUGCCCAGGGAUGCCCCAAGAGAAUCCUUCUACGGUGGAACUGCUGGUUACUAUGAUGGGGGACCCUCUGAGUACUAUGCUGAGUAUGCUCGGAUUCCUUCUGAUGGCUAUGAUAUGACUCCACUAUUUCGCCACCCCUCCAUGCUAUUUCCUUAAAAAGCCUUUUUUAAUUGGGCUAUAAUUUACUGUGAAUUUCGGGAUCAUUACCAUACCUUUACCUGCUGUAAAUUAUCCUGCGAAUCUCAUCCUUUUUAACACCUCACAGUUUUGUCCGUGAGCUUUUGAUUA